AUGGGAAAGACUCUGUGGAGGUCACAUGGAGAGGGUGCCAUUGAAGAGCACAUGAAGCCAAAGCCCAAGGGGGUCUGUGAGCUGAUUAAGGUUGUUGCUAGGUUUCUUGCUCGAGGAUACAAGGGAAAUAGCAGGACAGGUACUUCCUGGGAUGGACACCAACAAUCAAACUGCAGGAGAGAACUUAUAUGAGUCAGACAACAACAAUUUCUGGAUUAGAUUUUGAUAUACUAUAUGUUACAUGUUUCAUACACAGCUCUACAGGGUAGAAUGCCUGAAAUACCUCGAACUUUCGUUUCGAAGUGGAUGCACGCGCGAUUUGCCAGUUUCGAGGUGGCUGUGCACUGACUAAGCAGCCGCAACCAUUUAGGGAUGGUGCGCCUCUCCAAGAUAUGGUCUACGAUUAUGCAGUUAGCUGUCA